GUUGUGGGUGUGUUGUGUUGGUUUUGGGCAGUACUGUAAACCUAUUCGCGACGGUUCUGAAGCGAUUUUUUAAACUCCAUUUUAAUCGAAUAAGGAAUGAGCUCGAAGAGCUGAGUAUGCCAUUUGCGUGUCUUAGCUAGUUCUGUUUUCCUCUGAGUUAUAUAAAGGAGAGCUGCGGGACGACAAAUUGCAAAAAAAGCAAUUUGUUGCUCUCGAUUGUCGUCGGGUUUGACCUGUUUAACUACUGACGUCCUGAACAGGAUUUGCGGUCCGUCAAUGAGGAACUACAGGCUCAUCUUUUGCCAUAACCUGAAGCAGCCAUAGGUGGUCUUUAAAUUUACUGCUAGUGAGUAGAGCAGGGGAUUCAGUAAACAUCUGGAUUUUUAAAGUAAAAACCCGAGCAAGUGAAGUGGUGCGGCUGUGGAAGCGAUGAGGAAGAGCCUCUCUCGUACCCUGAGCGAGUCUCUCAGCACAGCCAGGGUGUUCGGUAUCCCUCUGGAGGAGGUGCAGCAGAGCGGCCAACCAGGCCACGAGGUCCCCCUGUUGGUCAGGACCAUUGUGGAGUACAUUGAGGAGCAUGGGGGACUGGGCCUUGAAGGUCUGUUCCUGGUGAACGGAAACGCCGAGCGUGUCGAAUGGCUGCGGCAGCGCUAUGACAGUGGUGAGGAGGUGAAUUUGGAGAAGGAGGCAGAUCUGGCCUCAGCCGUCAGCCUGCUGCGCCUCUUCCUGCAGGAGCUCCCAGAGCCCAUCAUCCCUGCAGAACUGCAAACGCACAUACUGCACCUUUAUCAAGAAUAUAACGGCGAGGACGAGUUGUCGAGAAACAUGAAAUACAUCUUGCAGCAGCUUCCCCAGGUCAACUAUAGCUUGCUGCGCUUUCUGUGCCGCUUCCUCUCAAAUGUGGCUUCUCUUCAGGAGGAGAGCUGGAGCAUCAGCGCCCUUGCUGCUGUCUUUGGACCCGACAUCUUUCACUUAGAUACAGACGUGGAGGAGCUGAGGGAGCAGGAGUCCGUGAGUCGCAUCCUGGCUGAACUGCUCGAGAACUGGGAAGACUUCUUUGAUACUGAGGAUGAGCUUUCCACUUCUAAUGACUACAGCUCCAUUAAUGAACAGAUCACUGAGCUCCUGGAAGACGAGAAGAUAGAAGCAUGUGAGGAGCUCCUGCAGGAUGGCGAGGACGGUCCUUCUUCUCUCUCCCCCACACAACCCGGUGUCCCUCCUUCUUCUAGUUCGCACAUCUCUUCCAUCAGCAUUCUUCCAAGAUCUGCAGAUAUCCUCCAGAGAACCAUCCGAGCUGCCGUGGAGCAGCACUUUAUGGAUCUGCAGAGUUCCAUUGAUCAAGAUCUCAGCAACUAUGAGAGCCAAGGCUCAUCCUGCCAAGCUGGCCUGGGGGACUGCACAAGUGAGAAGACUGCAGGUGCCGAAGAGCACAGAGGAGAAGAGAAGACUAAUGCUGGCUCGCCUUCUCCUGUAGGUCCCGACCAGUGUGGAGAAGAUGAAGAGGUAUUUCAAGGUUCCCAGCCGAGUGGCCUUGUGCCAGAUGAAAAUCUGAGAAUGGACCUCGACACAGAGGCCCUCGUAGAUGCCGAGAACAAUAUUAAGACAACUCCAAGGCAACAAAUGUACCCAGAUUGCGAUCAUAUGGAGCGGAUUGAUGUUGCCACCUGUGAGUCUGCUGCAGAUGUGUGUGAUCUGAACGCCAACACAGAAAGCAGAGAGCAGCCCAACCUGGUGGCCCAUCAACUUCAGUCCAACUCCGUCGUCCAUGAUGGAGAGCGGGAAGCCUCAUGCCCCUACACUUUCCCCCUCAUAGACUUCACAUGUAUGCACCUGCAGAAAGAAGGGCAUGAUCCCGUUCCAGUGUUCAUGUCAUGGCAGGAGGAGAGUGAGUCUGGAGAAGCGCAGUUGUCCCCGCUGGCAGGCCGCAUGUUGCCGCUGCCUCUCGGGGAAGAUGCGCAGCCAUUACUGGCACGUCACUUCCUGGAUUUCGGUCACAGUCAGCGCUUCCUGCAGCAGGAUUCUGAUGCCACAUCUUCAACUAAAGCACUGUCCUGUGGAAGGCCUCGCCGGGCCUCCUUCAGCUCCAAGGAGAGUUCAAAGGGUGACGGUGUCUGUCAGCAGCUUACUAAAAAACUCCAGAACCUCAAGAAAAAGAUCAAGCAUUUUGAAGAGCAGUUUGAAAAAGACAAGAACUACAUGCCAUCUCAUGCUGACAAGGCAGCUAAUCCCAAAGUCUUGAAGUGGAUGACCGACCUCACCAAAAUCCGUAAACAGCUUAAAGCAGGACGACAGCACCUCUUACCCAAAGCUUCCCUGAGGCACCAGGCAGUGCUUCACUUGCACAGACGCCACUACUCCUCCGCUCUGAACACACCCUAUUUUACACAGUCACGCCCCCUCACUGUCUCUAGACAGACACCCCACUUAUAUGCCAAACACAAGGCAGAGAGCGAGCUGACCCCACAGACACGCCCACGCAGCAACACACUGCCUAAGAGCUUCGGUUCCACGUUGGAACAACCGACUGCUGAGAGCCUUGCUGAGAGAGAGGGUGAGGGACUGGAGUACCGGCCCACCCACGAAGAGACGCUUCAGCUCAUUGAGCAACAUCUAAGAACCAAGAGAGAGGAGGACGGCUGGCCCGAGGACAUCAGAAAAAUGACCAAGGAGCAGCUCACUUGUGAGAAGACGGUGCUGCAAAAGAACUUACUGUAUUAUGAAGGACUGCAUGGUCGUCCUGUCACACGUGAAGAACGCUUGAUUGCCAAACCGUUAUACGACCGAUACCGGCUGGUAAAACAGAUGCUCACCCGUGUCAGCAUCACGCCCAUUAUUGCCUCACCUUCCAGCAAGAGACGCAAUCAGACCCUGCAGCCCAUCAUCGAGGGUGAGACUGCUCACUUCUGUGAUGAGAUCAAAGAGGAGGAAGAGGAGGAAGAGGAAAGUGGAGAAAUACAGACUGAGGAGUCUGAUGUCAUCAUCGCUUUGGACCCGGCAGCCCAACCCGCCUCCCAGCAGCCUCUGCCCGACAGCAUCCUGAGGCCGAAGAUGGGCGAAAGCUCGGGGAAGUUGACCCUUGACCUGCGUCUGUCCAGCUCUAAUGCGUCCUCUAUGCCUGAGCUCCUGGAGCAGCUGUGGAAAGCCAGAGCAGAGAAAAAGAAGCUGAGGAAGACCAUUCGCGAGUUUGAGGAGGAGUUCUACAAGCAGAACGGAAGGAAUGUACAGAAGGAGGACCGUGUGCCCAUGUUGGACGAGUACAAGGAAUAUAAACGCAUCAAAGCCAAACUGCGCCUGCUCGAGGUCCUCAUCAGCAAGCAGGACUCCUCCAAGUCCAUCUAGAGUCCAGCACGCAGGAUCAGCAACGACAUCACGUCUACAUCCCAUCACCUAGCAACCAACUGCUUUCACGUUCAACGAUUCAACAGGAGGACAUUUCAUUCUAUUUUUUUUUUUUUUUUAAAUAUUUAGUUUUGCCUGCUUGAUUUUGUUUGAUCAUAGUGAGAAAUCCUCAGCAUGAAGAGGGACCCGCUCGGCCGUUGAGCCGAUUCAUCAGAAGUGUGUGUGGGGACAGCAAGAACAGAACUUCCAACCACAUCCACAGUCAGCAUCUUUCUCAGACUUUUUGUCAUUUUGUCACCAAACCCUGGGGACAUGAUACACUAUUGGUGUGUGUGUGUGUGUGUGUGUGUGUUCUGGACAGAAUUCUGUGUAAAAAUCAUACUCCGUGUAUGCACAAUGCUUAUGUCCACAUUUUCAUCGAAAAGAAGUGACUGAUAUUAUCCUCUGAAUGUUUAGUGUGUUCUUUUCUUUGCUACUCUCUAAACGAGAACAUGUUGGUGCUCCUUUUUUUGCUUUUGUUUCUAAAAACAUACAUGACUUCUCAGUGAGCGGAGAGUUAAUCAGACUGACCAGAGAAUUUGACAUUGAAUUUAAGCUCGACUAUUGUAUAGUAUUCCUUCUCGUUUGGCUCCGUGUUUGAGGACAAUGUAACCAGAUGUGUAUUUAUUUAUAGCAUUUCUUCACUCAAAUUUCUCUUGGAUUCGUGUCUGAAUAACGGUGGAUUCGGUGAGCGUGCUAAAUAUCUAAGCUGAUGUUGGGAAAGAUUAGUUCCGCGGUCAAGAGGUCAUUUUGUGCUCACUCACGCCGCACGCUCAGGAUGUUAUUGUUAAACCCACGGUUAGUUAAUCAGCCUGGCUGGUGGAAGGUCAUGCCAUGAAGCAGUGGCGCGUGUCCUCUCAGGCAGUGCAGCUUUACUGAAAUCCUGAUGAACCUCAUGGAGCUUUAACAGGAAGUGGAACUAAUCACCACUCAUUUUAAAACCUACAUUCCUUCAGCUUUAUUUGCUCGAAGAAAGACAUAUUGUCAUGGACACUUGCUUUAACUUUCUGUUGGAUUCACUUCCUCAUCAUGAUGGACUUGAUGAUGUUCGCUGUUCCUCCUCGAGGACACUGUAGCUCCGUGACCGGAAACCAUGACAUCACUUGUAUAUCAUUUAAACUCAUUGAUAUUUUGCUUUCCAUGCUUGAUCAAGCAGCUCGAAAGUGGAAGGCACUGCUGAUGUGUUUUCAUUCAGCUCUGGGCAUUAAGUGCAGGAACAAUGGACACUUGUAAUGGCAACGAGUCCAAGUCAAAGGGAGGCAUGAUGAUGUUUUAGUGUGUACAGUUGUAGGGAGCGAACUCGCUCUAAAGAAGCACUAGAUGAUAAACAGGGGUCAGUUGACGCACUCGGCUUUUUCUCCCCGAGUCACUCCAGGUUGGUGAAAGUCAGUAAAAAUGGGAUGUUUUUCGGAAGGGUGUAGGAGCUAGCGAAUGUUAUUUGCACAGCAUUCGGAGAAUGCAGCCCACUAUUUGUUCAGAUCUGCUUGUACAUUUAAACACGAAUUGUAUCUGUUACUUUUUUAUGCAUGUUAAACCCCUUGGUCACUUUGCAAUGGUUACAUGCAGAUUAUCUCUCUUUUUUUUUUUUUUUUUUUAAAUGAGCAUUAUUUUGUACUUUUUUUUAACUUUCACUUUCAACAAUCCAUCUUUACAGUGCAGUUCUAUGGAUUGAUUAAAUGUCUGCUUGUUUUGUAUUUUAACAAAAGUGUCAGUAGUGAGUUUGCAUGGCAAAUGUUUGUAUUUCUAUUUUUGUGCCAUGAAAAAGAAGCAAUAAUGAGGCAUCGAUCGAGGUCUUUUAUCAGUGGAGUGAGAGGACGUCUGUAUCAAGUGUGUGCAGUUCGAAUAAACGGCUCGUGAGACAUUUCAUGCCUAAAAAGGGGACUUGCUUUUCCAAGUUGCUUUUUUUUUUUUUAAGAUCUAUAGUGCUUGUAAGAGAUUUUUUUUUUUAAUCAUCUCUGCCAGUCUUCCAGGAAUAAGGUUUGUAUAAGUAAGUAAAAAUGUAGCAACACACAAGCCGGUGAAAAGGUAUAUCGAAGCUCUUUCUCUCUGCUUCUUUGGAGUGUGUGUGUGUGGGGUUGGUUAGUCUUCUGCUGCAAACCACUAACUCUUCACCUCUGUAAUAUAGUGGAGCAAUUCAGCCCUAGCAAUUAAUUUUGCAAAAGUGUUCCAUAAUAAGUUUAUUGUACUAAAUGUGUAUAUUUAAUAAAAUUGUAGUGAAAACA